AUCACCAAUAAAUGCUGGAAUAUUCCCAUCAGACGAGCAUCAGAGCAUCAGGAAGAGCUGAAAUCUGCAAAGACUGAGUUUAUUAAAGAGGACAGUGAGAACAUGAGUGAUCCAGAACCCUGCAGAAUGAAACACACUGAAGAUACUGAAGAACAAAGAGACCUGAUGGAAGAGAGCAAUGAGAGUGAAGAACUGAGUGAAGUGGAGGAGAAACAUCAUGACAAACCUGGAGGAAAACCUUUGAGUCGCUCAAAGACUAAAAAGACAUUUUUAAAGGAAAGAGCUGAGAAAUCUACAACCUGCACUCAGUGUGGAAAGAGUUUCUCAAACAAACAACAUCUUGAUGUUCACAUGAGGAUCCACACUGGAGAAAGACCGUUCACAUGUGAUCAGUGUGGAAAGAGAUUCAGUCAAUCAUCAUCCCUUAAUGCUCACAUGAGGAUUCACACAGGAGAGAAGCCGUUCACAUGCGAUCAGUGCGGAAAGAGCUUCAAUCAAUCAUCAUCCCUUAAUGCUCACAUGAGGAUCCACACUGGAGAGAAACCGUUCACAUGUGAUCAAUGUGGUAAAACAUUUACUCGGUCAAUAAACCUGAAGACACACCUUAGAGUUCAUACGAAGGAGAAGCCACAUUCAUGUUCUGUGUGUGGAAAUAGUUUUUCACUGCUGCAAAGUUUACAGGAACAUCAGAAAAUACACACUGGUGUGAGAGAGUACAUGUGCUUUGAGUGUGAGAAGACUUUUAUUACAGCAAACCGUUUAAAACGUCACCAGAGAAUUCACACCGGAGAAAAACCUUACAAGUGUUCACACUGUGACAAGAGAUUUAGUCGGUCAACAACUCUGAAAGCACAUGAGAGGAUCCACACUGGAGAGAAGCCGCACACGUGUGAUCAGUGUGGAAAGAGUUUCACUUUUAAAAGUCAACUGAAGCGACACAUGAAUAUCCAUGCAGUGGAGAAACCAGAUCACCACAGUCUGAAAUCACAAACCACCAGAAAGCAUCUGGAAGGAGAGGACAGAGAGAUCCAGUGAUCCAGAACCUGCAGAUGAAACUUCACGAUACUGAAGAACAAAGAGGUUGUGUCAAUGAGUGACAAAGAAACAUCACCAAAGUUCAUCUUCAGCAGUUUGUGUUAAUGUUCCUAAUGCUUUUGUAUCACUCAGUUCUCUUUUAAAAAGGAAACUAGUAUUUGUUUUUGUUUGUUGUGCUCAUAUUCAGGGAGCUGAAGAAGAGGCAUAGAAAGACAAUCUGAUAUUUUUUUAUAUCGUUCUUUAUUGUUUUUCAUUAAAACAUCUAGUUUCUCUUCCACUUCUACUCUUCCAUUCAAAUGUAAGAUAUACUUUCAUAUAGCCUUGAAACUGGACACUUUGCUUCUCUUCUACUAAUGCAUAAUAAAUCAUAUUUCACCACA